AUGGAUUUAACACCUGAGUGUCUUAACGCUUUGUUUUAUCGUGGUUUUUGGGAAAACACUAAAGAACCUACGCUCAAAAAGUUUUUGGAUUUUCGGCUUCGUUCCGGUGAUUUGAAGGAUAUGCAAACCGAGCAUAAUAAUUACAAGAAUGAGUUGAUAACCAUUAGUUCGCACUACGCUAUAAUAUCUGAAAUUGGGGAAAAAGUAAAAAAAUGGAAACUAGCUUUUAAGGCAUGUUUAUAUUUACCUUAUUGGGAAAGACUGCUUGUUUGUUGGUGUGCACAUCUUCCAAUGAUGUGUCGUGCAUGUAGUUUAAUGGACUUACUUUGCGAUCUGCUUGUUCGUAAAGGAAAAAACUGCUUGUUUGUCCAGAAUGGUUCUCGUGGACUACCUUUCGAUCUGCUUGUUCGUAAGGGAAAGACUGCUUGUUCUGCUAAAAAGUCGAAGCAAAUAAUAAUCUUCUGGGAGAUACAUGAACAGAAGGAAAAUAUUAACAUGAAGAGCAAGUUACUUGAAGAACAAUCCAAAUUGGAUCUUAUGCGGGCUCAGGCAGAAAUUACAGAAGUUCAGGUGAAUGGAAUUGUACACACCGCAACGCAAUUAAACAAAGGUGCUCUUUCAAACUUAGAGAAAGUCGUUUCUACAAUUACAUCUGUGAAAUCUGAAAUGAGGAACAAACGAGCGUUUGAUGAUAAUAAUAAUCAUGAUAAUCAAACACAGCCACUAUCAAAGAAGUCAUUACACAAUUCCCCUGAUAUUGUUGUUGAUGAAGAGUGCAACGAAAUUGCAGAGUGUAAAUAUUUAAAAACUCAAAUGAUUCAAGAGUCCACUCAAACCACCACAAAUGAAUUAUGUGAGAUUAUAAAUAAAAUAAAUAAUUCCUCAUAUCGGUUGUUUGAAUAUCGAAUCGUUGAUCUUUCUGACCGAAAUGCAGCAAACCCAGUGAAUAAAAUCUUUACAACUAGUGAAAAAGAAUUGUUAAAAGAUUUCUGGGAUACUUCUGAACAAUCAUGUCAAUUUAAUACAUAUGAACCCAAAUGGGAAGAGAUUAUAAAACCUCUUUUGAACACUUAUGAUGGAGCUUUCAUUGAACCCAAAUCAAUCUUGACAUAUGUUGUCUACUUUCAUAGGGAGGAUGAAAAACCGGUACGGUACGAUCAUAAUUUGGAGGAUCGUACCGAUCAGCAUAAUCGUGCUGCGCCAUUAAAUAAACUCACGGAUUCCAAGCAGUCAGAGUUCUCUUAUCGAGAAGAUUUUAUUUCCCCAAUAUUAGCACGAGCAUUUGAUGAUUUAGAUACCAUUCGAUUCAGAACUGGCGAAAUUGAGAAGAUGUUAACAAAGAAACAAAGAAAUGAAACUGAACAACAAAAAUCUCGUAUCCACCUUGGUUGUAACCAAUAUGGUAUUAUUGAAGUCAGUUUAAAUGCGACGAACUUGGAGAUUGGUUUCAUGGAAGUUGUUGGUAGUGCAAUUGAAAUUGACUUUAAAAAACUAUGCGAGGACACUGAAAAAGUCUUCAAAGCAAUGAAAAUCUCCAUGUUCUAUCAGAGACAACAUUUUCUUCAACGUGGAGCCACUGAAGAUAAAAUCAAAUGCAUAGAAAGUUACGGAAUUGUAGUAUAUCAACGUGUAAUUACCAUUUAUACAAUGCAUCGCAUACCAGAAGGAAUAUACAUUGUUGAUAUACUUACGCAAUUCUCUAUUCCUGAGAUCAAAAUUGAUUUCUACAUGAUCAAAGAACUUAUUGAAAAGAUUUAUUUCUUCAAGCGAUCAUACAGAAUUCAAAUUCAAACAAAAGAAUUACCAACUGGGGCAUCACCAUAG